AUGAACAAGUUACGAGACAGCGACCUCCAGCAGCUUUUGGAAACAGAUGGUGUGGCUAGGCUGAUUCCCUCAGGACAUUACAUUUCUGUGGAUACAUCUUACGAGGGUGAGAAAGCAGUGCUGUCCAGCCCUGAGCUGUACUCGGAGGAGUGGAGCUGUAUCAGACUGAUUUAUCAGAUAGCAACGACUUCAGAGACUUCCCCUGAUCCUGCCAGGCUGAACCUGUACCUGAGGCAGGAAGGAGAGAGCUUUGAUCGUUUGCUAUGGUCAGCCAAGGAGCCUUCAGAUAGCUGGCUCAUAGCUAGCUUAGAUUUAACGAACAGCACAAAGAAGUACAAGAUUGUACUGGAAGGUGAAAUGGGACAAGAUAAAUCUGCCAGUAUAGCAGUUUUUGAAAUUAAAAUAACUCCUGGAUAUUGUAUUGAAUGUGACUUUGAAGAAAAUCAUCUUUGUGGCUUCGUGAACCGCUGGAACCCCAAUGUCAACUGGUUUGUUGGUGGAGGGAACAUUCGCAAUUCUCAGUCUAUCCUACCCAAAGACCACACACUUAAUAGUGAACUGGGUCACUACAUGUAUGUGGACUCUGUUUAUGUCAAACAUUUUCAGGAAGUGGCCCAGCUAAUCUCACCAAAGACCACGACCCCAAUGUCUGGGUGCUUAUCUUUUUAUUAUCAACUUAAGCAGGAAAGUAGCAUUGUUUUUACUGUUUACUUGAGAGACACGAGUGGCUUUUAUGAAGAGAUCUGGAAAACAGAGAGUGCACUGAGUGCAGACUGGGUGCUAGCAGAAGUUGACUUCAAUGCGCCAUACCCCAUGGAGGUAAUAUUUGAAGUUGCUUUCAAUAGUGCCAAGGGAGGUUAUGUUGCCCUUGAUGACAUUUCUUUCUCUCCGGUUUACUGCAGCAAUCAGACAGGAACUCCUUUCAAUCCUGCCCAAGCAGGCUGCAAUUUUGAGGAAGAUCUGUGUAGAUUUUACCAGGAUCACAAAGAUGGCCCAGGAUGGAGCAGAGUGAAAGUGAAGCGUAACGUGUAUAGAGCAGGAGAUCACACUACUGGGUUUGGUUAUUACUUGUUGGCGAACACAAAGUUUACAUCACAGCCUGGGUACAUUGGACGUCUGUAUGGCCCGACCCUGCCAGGAAACUUGCAGUUUUGCCUGCGUUUUUAUUAUGCCUUAUAUGGGUUUUUCAAAAUGAGUGGUACUCUUGCUGUUUAUAUCUUUGAGGAGAAUCAUGUCGUUCAGGAGAAAAUCUGGUCCGUCUUGGACUCUCCAAAGGGAGUUUGGACUCAAGCUGAAAUCUCCUUCAAAAAGCCUAUGCCUUGCAAGGUUGUCUUUGUCAGCUGGUGUAAAAGCUUCUGGGACUGUGGACUUGUGGCACUGGAUGAUGUAUCAUUAAGCCUGGGAAGCUGCCAGGCUGCUGAUCUAUUGCUGCCCAAUCCUGGAGAGUGUACUUUUGAAAAGGAUGAGUGUGUGUUUACCCAGAAGAAGAGAGGUCGUGGGAGUUGGCACAGGAGGAGGGGUCCAACUCCCACUUCUUACACUGGACCGAAAGGAGACCACACUACUGGGGUAGGAUACUACAUGUAUAUAGAGGCAUCCAACAUGGUCUAUGGACAGAGAGCAUACCUAGUUUCAAGAUCACUAAGAGGAACCUCUGGAAAACAGUGCUUGACAUUUUUCUAUCACAUGUAUGGAGCUGGGACUGGAUUAUUAAGUGUUUAUCUAAAAAAGGAAGGUGAUGAUGAAGAGAUUCCUUUGUGGAGGAGGACAGGGGAACAAAGCAUCUCAUGGCUAAGGGGACUGAUAGAAUAUGAAAGUGAUAGAAACUACCAGAUUAUUUUUGAGGCGAUCCGUGGUGUGUCAAUGAGAAGUGACACUGCUAUUGAUGAUAUUCUGUUCCAGGCAGGACCCUGUUUAGAAAUGGAAGAAAUUCAGUUCUCAUCAGGCUAUCCUGACAGCUUAAACGAAAUUGAGUAUUAAAUACAGUCUGCUGAAAGGAAUGAAGUGCAUAGAAGAUUUGUAUGUGAGAAACUGCACAAACUGUCUAUUUUUAAAUAUGUUUUAAGUAAAUACUGGACUGGUUUGAAUAUGCACCGAUGUAUAGGAAGGACUCAGAGCACUCAUGUUCCUCGCCUUUGCAAUGAAAUUAUUGACUCAGGGCUUCUUAGACUGUUUUGUUUUUUUUUUUCAUAUUUUUUCUCUUUUGCAUGAGAUAUCAGUCAUUAUAUAAAGGCUUCCCAUUUUGCACAGAUCAUUCAUUUUAAAGCUCUUUUUUUUUUUUUUUUUAACCUUUUUGGUCUAUAGGUAAAAAGGGGAAAGUAAAGGUGCACAAUUAAAAUCCAAUAUUGUGUCUUAAAUCUGCAUUCAGUGAAUGUUUUGUGUUGGGUACAGAAUGGAUUUUUGUU